AAUCGAAUGAACAUUUGAUAAAAUUCAAGACUGUCAAAUUUCCCAUCAUGUGGCAUCAAGCAUUAUGUGUUGUGUUUUUCGCUAGUUUUGCGACUGGCUUGAAUGCAGAAACGUUGGAUAAUCGAAUUGUAGGAGGCGAGGAAGUUGAAAUAUCAACAUGCGGAUGGCAAGUUUCAGUCCAAAGUUUUAGGAGGCAUUUUUGUGGUGGAUCUAUCAUAGCUAAAGAUUGGAUUCUAACAGCUUCGCAUUGUGUCGAAGAUGAAGAAAAUCCCCCAAAAUUCCUAUCAGUUCGUGUCGGAAGCAAAUUUCAUAAGAAAGGUGGACGAGUGUAUAACGUCACUGAGAUUAUAACACAUCCUAAGUUCAAUGAAGCCGUUGAGUAUGAAUAUGAUGUCGCACUAUUACGUUUAGAAAGUCCCAUUGCAUAUACAGCUUGCACCACACUUCCCGUAAGUUUGGCGGAAUCAGGCUAUGAAGUACCAGCUGGUUCCAUGUUGAGCGUUACUGGAUGGGGCGCCACCAAGCAAGGUGGUCCAGUUACACAUGCACUUCGAGGGGUUAAAGUACCAGCUCUUUCGUAUGAAGAUUGUCGAAAAAGCAUGGGAGAGGAGAAUGUAAAUGAAAGUAUGUUAUGCGCUGGUUUUCCGGAGGGCGGCAAAGAUUCUUGCCAAGGAGACAGUGGGGGGCCUCUGGUUGAUGAAAAAAGACUUCAAGUUGGGGUAGUUUCUUGGGGACAAGGGUGUGCACUUCCAGGAAAGCCAGGAGUUUAUGCUAAAAUAUCGCACCCAGAAAUUAGAAGCUUUAUUAAACAACAUACCGGUCUUUAA